CGUUUACGUUUAAAUCUUUCAUCAUUUAAGUAUAGUAUAAUAUUUGUGACAUUAACAUUAAUAAGUGUUUAAAUGAUAUUGGUGUUGUGAUAUAUUGUUAUUAAAGGAGUGCAAGAACUGGGAUGUCGAGACUGCUCGCUUAUAUUACGAGGUAUAGCUGAGUUCGAAUCAUAAUGGCGGGACUACGUGUGUCUGUCUACAUUUUGGCGGUCUCUCUUCUGAUCGCUCCAAUCCUAACUGCAAUCUGUCCUGAUGGAUGCGUUUGCAACACCACUCGUGAUGGCCUCCACCGUGCAACCUGCAGUAAUCUCCUCGAACUUUACAAGUUCACACUUCGACAAAAACAUCACAACAUCAACAUAUUGGACUUAUCUCAUAACAACAUUACUAAGCUAACUCACGAGCUCGACAGGCUGACCGAAGUUGUUACUCUAGAUUUGUCUACAAAUGGAAUAACAAAUCUAAAUAAAUUUUUACAUAAUGCAAGAAAACUGGUGCACUUGAAUCUGGCAAAUAAUAGAAUACAGACAAUAUCUUUAACUCAACUACCUAAAAGUGUAAGUUCGUUGGAUUUAACAAAUAAUUUAUUACAGGAUGUACCUUCAGAUAUUGCACAUUUAAUAGGUUUAGAACAUUUAGAGCUUGAAGGUAAUCCUCUUUAUUGUACAUGUGAAAAUAUUAUGGCACGAGAUCGCCUGUUGGCAUCAAACAUAUACAUCGAUAAAGUGCAAUGCGCUUCUCCAGAAAAAGUCAAAGGACGGUCUUGGCUAGAACUGAAAACAAAAGACAUUUGUAAAGUACCAAAAGUAGAGCCUAAUUAUUUAGAUAUGAUGAUGGGAGAUCAACCUUUGGAUGCAGUUAAAAUCGGUGAAGAUACGACUGCUUUGAAAUCAAUGCCAUUAGUGGCGAACAGCGAUUUAGAUGAUGGUAACGUUAUCCAUAAUGAAAAAACUACUGAUGAGGAUGAAAGUCUUGUCUAUAUGAAAGUCGGACAUGCAACAACUUUAUCUUCUUUGAAACAAAUAGAAGGAUCUGGUGAUGAUGUAAUUUCUACAAGGUACAACCAUCAACUACAUGCAAACAUAUUUAAAACCGAGGAUGUCAUUCCAGCUGAGGAUAUAAAUACCACAGAAGAUCCUAUUUUUGGUUCAGGUGAAGGAUCGGGCUCAGGAGAUAUACUACUAUCCCUAGAUGAUGAUAUUGUUGAAGAAACUACAGAUGUUACUUCUACAUAUAUUCCAUUAUUAAGUCCCGGUCCAGUUACAAGAAUAUUUGAAGAAACCAUUGACACAAAUACCACUGAAUUUCCAAUACCUCCAGCUCCGUCUGUUUAUGAAGGUGGCCCUGACUGGCAUAUAAAACAAUAUGACAUAGAAGUAUCUACUCAAGUAGCUGUUAGUACUCAAAUCGUUAGAGAUACCACUGUAUCUGAGCAUAUAAGAAUAACCCAAGCUCCUGAAAAUCAUGGUGUAGCUCCUAUUACAUCAAGCGAAACUCAGCCUCAUAAGACUGGCACCUAUGUUUGUAUUGCAAUUAUAGUAGUUAUUUUGGUAGGACUUAUUGGAUUUGCUAUCAUCAAAGGACAAAUGAGAAAACGAAGAGACAGAAGAUUACUAAGACAACAAAAGCGUGAUGUAGAAAAUGCAUCAAAAGAAAUGGUUGAUAUGAAUAAAUCAUUAUUAGGUAAACCCGCUAUUAUUGAGCCUUCGAUCGAGAAGAAAAUAAACGGAAAAUAUGAAUUAGUACCAACACAUGAGGCUACACAAAAGAAAGGUGAAAAUGGAGAAAUUAGUAAUGGAACAAAAUAUAACGAUAGCAAUGGUAUUCGAACAGAUAGUCCACGCGACUCUAAUCAAAAUAAAAGCAGUUCAAAAGAUAAUAAUGUGACAGAAGAGAAAGAAAUACCAAAGGAAAAGUCAUUUGAAUCAGAACCUACUUCACCUGAUUCCAGAAAAGACACAAAUUCCUUAUCAAGUGAGGAUAUUUUUGUGCCAAUCAAUGAUGAUGAAGUACCAAGAUUAAACGGUAAUGCUGAUUCCGACAUUUCUCAACCGUUACUUAAUGGCGACCAACACACUGAUUCCGACUUUUUAUCACCAUCGCGGGAGUACGUACCUGUGUACUCCCCUGACAUGGGUAGAGUUAGGAUAAAGUUAACAGAAACGCCGAAACCGAAAACGCCAGUACUAGUCACAAGAAGUAGAUCAAAGGCAGGUGAUAUAAUAAUAACUCCCGUUGAAGAUAGCAAUGCACGCAAGUCAACCACUUGAAACUUAGUUAUAACAAUGGACAUUAGCACUUAUUAUUAGUGUCUAUCAACAAACACUUCACUCUUGGCGAUAUUCUGUGAUCAUUUUUAGGCGCGUUUAUGCAUUAUCUGAGAAGAAACCAACGUUUGAUGGACUGAAAUUGAUUUGUUCGAGUGCUGAGUCUUGAAACUUUGCUGCCAAAGUGUGUUUGUAGUCGACAGUGCCUUUACUUGUUAGUGGUAUAAAUAUUUAUGAGAGUAUAUUGCAGUAAUCGAAAAUAUUUUUAUACGUGUAAGAAUGUUGCCAUGUUCAAAUAGUAAUUAACUUUAUGUUUUAGUAAUUAUUUAAAUUAAUGUCGUAGUUUUCUACGUAUCGACCUAUGCAUGUUCAUUUGUACAAUCAUUUUUAUCGUUCACGAAUGUUUCUUUUCGUUUCGGUUUAAUUCUAAAAUUUUAAUGGUUGUGUACUUACUACCAUGAACAUAGACAUUUUAUUAAUAAUGAAACGUUUAUGUGGCUAUGUUAUUUAUUCAUAUACUUUCUUAUAGAGAUUCGCUAUUUAUGGUCUGGCUAAGCGUAAGUUCCUCUCAUGUAAUUUUAUGGUUUAGUAUUUAAGAAUGUGAUACCAUUUACUUUAAGAAUAAUUCAUGCUAUUCCAUAUUACGUAUGUAUAUAAAUUAAUUAAAUUUUUCUUUCGUGUAUAGUUAAGAUUUACGUUAUUUUUGAAAUUGUUUUAUUUCGUAAUUUAAGUGCUUUUUUCAUCUUCUUAGAUUUGCGCUUAAAAUCUUUUUUUUAUAACAUAUAAAUGAUAAGUUUCAACGAUUUUAGAAUAAUUAAACUGAUCUUUGGAAAAUAGGAAACGAACAAAUAAUGGAACAAUAAUAGCUCAGUAAGAAGAUUUAUAAAAUAAUGUAUUUUUAUUUCCAAACUAUACGAUAUAAAUGAUUGAUUCAAUUUA